CCCAUAGAUAGUGAGAACCCAAUGUCUGUAGAUGACAUAGUGGAUAGUGUACUAGGCACUAGGUGUGGAUAUGUUAAGGGACUUGGGUAUGGACCUAAACCUAAAUCAUUUAAAGCUUCAGAAACGAGGACUUAUGAGUUGGAGGAGAAGCUUAAGAAGACUCAAGAUGAGUUACAAACUUGUCAAACAAAGUUUGAAACAACAACAACUCAAUUAGAAGGGAAAUUGGAUACUAUGAUGAGCAAUUACAGCCAAUUACUACAAUUUUUGGUGAGUUCAGGGACCCAACUGCCUCCUUCGAUUCUAUCUCCUUUAACCCCAAAUCAAGGUUCAAAUGAAUCGCACGCAGAAUCAACUGAAGGAUUGGAGAGAAGAGUUUGAAGUACAUUGUGGUGGUACUUGUAUUGUCACAUUUGAACAAGUUUUGUGAAAUCUACUUCGUUAAUUCAUAACUUUUACUAAGAUACUAAUUAGAUGUUAAUUACUUCUAUAUUUUUGGAUGUGUCAUAUUGAGAUUUCUUUUUUAUGACAGAGAUUUGAUCAUCAUAUAUCAAUCCAUUUUGCGUGUGUAAUAUAAUUUUAGUAUUUUUAAUUUCAAAUUUUGGAUUAAUUGAUAGUGAGUAUAAUAUUUGUCAAAGAAAACAUUUACAGGUUUAUACAAUUUGCUACAAAAAUAAUUUUUGUCACUUAUUAGAUUGUGCAAUUUUGGGUGACGACUUGUU